AUGGCUGCUCCGCGGCGCCGAGACUCACAAUAUCUCGCAAAUAAUUAUGAGCUGCCUGAAAAUGGCGAUUUUCUUGACUACCCGGAAUGUUUCGAUAGCGGAUAUGCACAUAUGCUGUUAAACCCCACGGAUCCGCCGCAUUGUGAGGAGAAUGACGCAAAUUAUCAUGUCACUGAUGGGUUUGCCUCCAAUCCUGCUAUCUCCCCGUUGGAAAAUGCUUCGGCACAUGUGAAGUCUCUAGAUCCGACCUUUGACUGGCUCACAGCCAAACAUGAUAACUCAAGUGCUGAACAACAUGAUGACUUUGAUUGGAUGAACUAUGGACUGUUAGAAUCGUUGCCAUCGAUUCAACCUAGCGAACCUGAUCCAUUGUUCUCCGGCAAUUCCAAUUCGCCCGCUAUGCCAUCAAUUUAUGGAGCCAUUGAGAACAGAGAAUUGACCUCCACACCACCCUUGCCGCAACACUCACUACGGGGGUACGGCGAACUUCCUCGGCGGAAAAGCAGGUCCUGCGGAUCCCUUGGAACGCUGGAAAGAAUCUCCCCCGAAGGCGAAGCAGCAAGUUUAUCGGCCAUUAAGAAUGCUCUUGAAAAUCCAUCGAGCUACUCAGGUGUAAAUCAAUUACCCACGACGCCUGGCUCCGGGGCCAGCAAUUUGUUCCAAAUCCAUCGUCGGCCAGCAUCCCGAGAACCCUCAACAACAAGUGGAGAAAGUGCUACUAGUGCAUCAUCUCGGCGCUCUAACCGAUCCAGGGAGUCUGCUUUGUCUAAUGGCAGCCAAGCCGCGCCAGACAAGGCAUCUGCUGGAAUUCGAAAAAAGCAGACUCGCACAACUAGAAAAAAGCGAAGUUCGGCCAACCAACCCCGCAUAUUUUGCUGCACAUUCUGCUGUGAUAAAUUCAAGAACAAAUUUGACUGGAUGCGUCAUGAGAAGUCCCUUCAUCUCGAUCUUGAGAGUUGGGUGUGCGCGCCUUUUGGAGGCUCUGUGGUAUUGACAUCAACAGGCCGCGCUCAUUGUGCCUAUUGCAAUCAGCUGGAUCCAACAUUGAAGCACCUUGAAGAGCACAACCAUAGACCAUGUCAGCAACAGAUACGUUCAUUUCGGCGAAAGGAUCACCUAAUUCAGCAUCUGCGCCUCUCCCAUCGCCUCGAAACCAUUCCGUUAAUCGACGAUUGGAAGCGUGUUGCUACGGAAAUUCCUUCCCGUUGUGGAUUUUGUGACGGCCAGAUGUCCAACUGGGAUGAAAGAGCCGACCAUCUGACAUUCCACUUCCGCAAAGGCUUUACCAUGGCCAACUGGAAAGGUGAUCAUGAGUUCCCGCCAGAUAUUGCUGCGAGAGUCACACAUAGUGUCCCGCCAUACAUGCUCGACUUCGAAUCGCGAACUCUCGUGCCUUUCUCCGCCACGAACGGAGCUGUGAAUGACCAUCUCUCCCAAAUGCUGUCUCGUGCCACUUUUCUGGAUGCGGCAGGAGAACCUCAGAUGCUGCCGGAAGCUCCAGAGCCAGAUCUACGGCCGGUUCAAGGGGAUAAUUUGGAUUCCUACACGGAAGUGCUCACUCGUCAUUUAAGUCAUUAUGCACAAAGGAUGAUGAGAGAUGGUGUCAUUCCCACAGACGAAAUGUUUCAACUCGAGGCAAGAAGACUUUUGUUUGAUUCUGAAGACCAAUGGAACCAGACGAUGGCCGACAACAAUGAGUGGUUGGCUAAAUUCCGAAGAGAGCAGAGCACUCAGGGUCAUCUUCAGACCCCCGAGCAACCUUCUAUGGAUCGGUAG